CGCCUGUCCCGUACACACGCCACGCGUAUACAUAGUCAGAGAUAGAAUGUUUUGGUAGCGGACGCCGAUUUCGCUCUAUUAUUACUAUAUUAAAAUCGCUUAAAUUAUAGAUAUUUUGUUUUCUUGAAGGUGUACCUACUGGAAAUCUUGUCAAUAUGAUGAACACAACUAUGUCAAACUCCACGACGUGGAAUAUAAAUCGUAGGAGAGACUUUGCAGAACUCAAAGAAGGCACACAAGUACCCGGCUACUGCGGAUACAUCGAGCAGUACAAGUACCAUGUUGGAGAUACAUAUGGAAAUGCAACCAACAGACUGGAGAAUAGACGUGCAAACCGUCAUCCCAUUAUAUCAUCAUGGCCAAACAACUACUUUGAUGCCUCCAGCAAACAUGUUGGGACUGGGCUGACUGCUGCCACCACGCUAAGUGGGGAGAGAAGGCCUAUACAGUUACCAAGAUCUAACGGAGACAACAAACUCACAGAGAAGAUGGUGCCAGGCUACACAGGCUACAUCCCCAGGAUGCCUUUCAAGUUUGGAAAUACCUACAAGGAGGACUGUGAUGUCUGUAUUGAUGAUUUCCUCCACACUACCAAAGAACACGACACCAAGAUCAAGACCCUGAAACAGACAGUGGUCCAGUCAAGACCUCUCCAACCCAAGAGGGAUGAGAAGGUGGUCAUUAAGGCUCUAAACUUCUACCGAGAUCAAAACCCUGGAAAGGUUUUAUUAGACGACAAGAGAGAAUCGAGGGAAGCUCCCAUUCCAGGUUACAAAGGCUUUAUACCAAGACAAGGUGUGACUGAGCUAGGUCUAGGAGCAAGGUAUAAUGAGAUGUGUGACAAAUCACUCAAUGUAUUCUAUGAUGAGACAGACAAGCAUGCAAUCAUCUCCAAGCCGGGGUAUGUUCCAAAGACUACUGUCCCUAAAUUUGCUGGUAAGGCCAGUUUGCAGCUGACAAAAGAUGAUAAGAGUACCUUGAUGCAGAGGAGACUCUACAAAGAUAUUGGCAUGGUACCCAAGUACACAGGAUACCUUCCACAAAUCCGUUACCGAUUCGGUCAUACUUAUGGUGAUGCGUCCAGAUCUCUUCCUGUGUGUAGUCAUGGACAGUCCAACUAUGGUGAACAUCUACAGACACUUCAACAAUCUGCUUGAUCACCAGGAAGCAGUAGUGCUAUGUCUUAAUGUCAGCCUUCCACAGAGUCAGCCGGCCUCCAAGAUGGAUCAUUCUUCGACCCGAAGCUGUGUGAUAAUUUUAAAGAACUUUACCUCCUAACAGCAUAUGCAAACAUCUUUCAGGGGUCAAAAGAUGUGUCGUAUGUUGGCUGGUUGCUGACUUUUGGGAGAAGAAAUGUAUUUGUUCAAUGUUUUGUGAACUUGCUGAACAAGGUCCAGAAGUUGUGAGAACUUGUACAAGAGAUUCACAGAAUUGUUUUAUGAUUUUUGUUUAAUGUGUUCCUCUUCUCUCCUUCUCUCUAUCUUCCCUCUGUAUCUCUCAAUCGCUCAACAUGUCUUAAUGAUGUUGUCUUCUUCUUCUUAAAGCCCUCUCUGUCUCCAUUAUCUUUUCAUUCCAUUCUUCACAGGCACCCUUUAUAUUCCCUAAUAAUAACACUCUUCCUCUCCCUGUACUUCUGACUAAAUACUUGACAACUGCAGUGCAGAUUGUCACAUACUAAACUUUUUUUAAUGUGGAUGAUUGCUAAAAUUGUUAAUAUGGAAAGAGCACAGCCUUUCAAGUUAAAACAAAGACAAAAUUAUGUACAUGGCCCCUCCAACCUCUAAAUUCAUGUUGACUAAGAGUCAGAUUACUUCAUACAAAAUCUCUAGAUUUCCAUGGGACAAUCUAAUAUGCUUCACCUACAACAUGAAAUUGUGUUGUAUAGGCAAUAUGUACUGCUGGCCACAACCUAUGAUUUUUGAAAAAUUGUUUUACUCGUAACAAUUAUGUAAGAGACAAACUUUUCUUGAUAUUUGACAUUUUCAGUGCUAGUUUGUGUCAAAGAAGGUUAACUGAUAAUCCACUUAUUUUCAUGGAAAACGAUGCAUUGGAAGUUUUAAAAGGUUGUGAGAUUGAGACAAUUCAUGCAAAUAUAAUGCUACUCCUGCUACUGCCUAUGUUAUAACAUAUUUGAUAAUCUUUUCCCUAUAAUUUCCUGUCUUCAAAUGAUAGGCCAAUCUUAUUUCAUUCAAUAUGUAACUUUUUAUUUUUUGAAAUAUCCUUUAUAUAUUUAUAAGCUUUAAUUAUUAGGAUGUGGUAAUUAAAGCCCCUCUGUCCUACUUGUAGCUACUUGCUCCCUCUAUAUAGAAAACUUCCCCAAUCAGUGCCUGUUGAUCCCCCAUGAUCCUCUUUUUCUUAUGUUAGUUGAGAGCUGAGUUAAUGAGAUAGCCCCCUGUCAGUGACCUCGCUGUGUGGUCUAAUCCCUUCAGGCCCAGUAGUAAUGACGGUCUUUAAGAGAUAUUGAUUAAAACAACACACUAUUCCAAAAUUAAAGACCCCAAAAUUGUAAUUUAAUUUGGUGCACAUCUAAUCUAAGAACAAACUAAGACCAUCAUACAGGGUGUCAAGAUUGUUUUUAACAAUUCUAAUUUUAUGAGUUUUCUGGGCACACUUCAUGUAAUAUGCAUAUUCAACUUCAUUUGAAUGUUGGCUCUCUAUACAUGUUGUCUGAGGGGCAGAUAUAUAUGCAAAUAAGUGCAAAGAAGUCAGUAUUAUAUCUCGGUUCUGUAUCUUGACCUGUCAAAGUGAUAAAAUAAAAAAUAAAACUUAAAUCAUAAUUUGCAUAGAAUAUCUGCAAUUUUGGAUGUGGAACUGGUCAAUGCAUUCCUCUUUCAUUUAUUGAGCUCAUGAUGAAUUAACAAAAUAUAAAAUAAUGAUAUUUUUGUAUUUGUUUUGCUGACUAAUAAAGUUUAUAUGUUUUCCACUGAUAAUUUGUAUGCAUUUUAAAUGAAAUUUCAGCUAUAGUUCAGCACUUUAUUUGUACAUCCAAAUAUUGCAUACAUUGCAUACAUCAUUUUAGAAAUGUUCUAUUUUCCUGAAUUAUUGUAAUUUAUGUUAAGUUUUGUUUUCAUUUCUUACUGCUGUCCCAAAUAUUCAUACCUGACUUCAUGUACACAGCACUAAAAACACACAAAAUGAUGCAUGAUAAAAGGUAUUCAUUGAAACAUUCCAUGAUUUUCCAUCAAUAAAAAGAGUACCUAAAUUUGCUUUAUUUUACAUACUCAAAAUGCUACAUUAAUCUCUUGAAGGAAACUAUAAGUUGUAUUGUAAACAUGACUAUAUCUUUCACUAAAUGGUAGUACAUUUUUUUAAGCAGACAUUCAAAAUUAUGUUUUACAACUUCAAUUUACUUCUCCUAGAUUUCUUUAAAAGGAGUAUAUUGGUUUUGCCAUUCCACAAUAUUCACCCAUGGUACAAGCAUUCUGUACUGUAUGUCACAUGUUGUGCUUUAGGAACUAAUUUUACAUGAGGGUUUUAUAUACAAUAUUUGAAAAUAAUGGCAGAGGGGGGCAGAAAAAUUGUGAGGAUAGUCCAUGUGAUAAAUGUCAAAAAAAAAUUACAAAAGAUUUAAGAGGAAGCUGAGUUCUGUAAACUUUCUAAUCUUUUAUUUUUGUGCAGAAGAAUAUCAUACUAGAACUGACACAUGCCAAGGAUUGUUUGUAAUGUCAUAUGAAUUCCAAAUGUAACUAGAAAUAGUUUAAAACUUUGGACCAAUCUUUUAAAUGCUACAGUUGAGUGAAAUUGUUCACAUGUUUACGAUUCAAAUCCAUACAAUUAUUAUCAUGUAAUACACAAUCAAACUUUCAUAUUAACUUCUAGGCUGUUAAUGUAAGAAUUCAAAUUACAAAGCAGUACUAAACUCUAUUUUCAGGCUUAAGAGUAAUACAUGUUAUACAAUACUAAAAAAUCACAGUUCACAUCAAACUAUGAUAUGAAAACAUAAACAGACAAAGAGUCUUGUAAAAAUAUAGCAUGGUAAAUACAAUAAAGAAUCGGUGGUACAUGUUUUGAAAAAUAACUCUGUUUAUGAACCAAUAGAGACACUAAUUUGAGUUAUAACAUUGUAUUAAUCCAGCCUAACGUUACAUAUAUAUAUUUCAGAUAUGACAUAAUGUGCAGCAUUUCUUACCAAUGAAUACAUACAAUAGCAUCUCCAAAUGAUUUUGAAUUGUACUAUUUAAAUUGCUGGUCAAUUUAGCAGUGGUCAUUCAGGCAAAAAAAUUCUAUUUCUUCCUGUACUUAUGUAAAUAUGGAUUGUUGUAAAUGAUGUUUUUAUGUAGAGUGCCAGCAACUGAUUAUUGUUUCUUCAAAUGCCUAUUUAAUUUUUGCCUUAAAUUCUCUGUAGAAGUUUUACACAAAUAAUGUUAUUUUGCUGUUGACAACACACAUUCUGUAAAUGAGAAAUAUAUUCAGGUUUGAAAUAAUAAAGUUACAAAAAGUCAAA